CUACAAAAGAAAAACAAAAGCAACAACAACAGCAUACUUUCAUGAAGAAUUUAACAAAAAUAUUAAAAGUCAUGUAGCACGCAGAGCUGCAGUCGGAAUUAAAGCAACCAAACAAAGCGAUGUCACUGCGGGCGCUGCGAAAGAGCCACAACAAUAGCAACAACAGCACAGGAACUGCCAAAGCGCCACAAGCACAAACAUCAUCGUCGUCGCUUUUCAAGAAGGCCAGCACAGCAACAACGACGUCACCGAAGAAGAAAUCUCUAGCCCAAACUCUGGGCAGCAGCUCCAACAGUCGCUUGGUUGGCAAGCAGACGCUAUUCCGGCAGAGGCAAUUUCUGGGCCGCCGCUGCCACUCGAGUCCCGACCUGCGACAAGUGGAAAAGUAUCGAAACGGCAACAACAGCAGCCUGUUGCGCAGCAAAUCGGAGGGGGAUGUUGGCAUAGCCCUUCUGGAGCGAAACUCUGGUGCUACAUUGACGGCGGCCAACGCUAAGUCGGAGGUGUGCCUGCAGAGGAUAAGCUCACACAGCUACGAGCAAACCAGGUCCCCAAACUCUAAUAGAACCACCACCAUGCUGGGUGGAGCACGCUCCCAUCGGGACUUAACCCAAUCUUCUUAUGGCCACCAUUCAGGUGGAAACCAUGGCGAUAACCUGGAGGUAACCAGCAGGGCACCGCGUCGAAUGAGCGAGUGUAGUCUGGGCUACAGUCAGACCAGCUCGCGCCUAACUGGCGGCAACUCUCACUCAAUGUUCGCCAGCCAGAUGACGCUUUCCUCGGGCUCCCAGGUGCCGCCCGUGGAUCCCAAUGCCGUGCUGCGCGUGCCCAUCAUUGGUUACGAGGUAAUGGAGGAGCGGGCACGCUUCACCGUAUACAAGUUGCGCGUGGAGAACCCGGAGACAAAUGACUGCUGGCUGGUAAUGCGGCGCUACACAGACUUUGUCCGGUUAAAUGGCAAGCUAAAGCAGUCAUUCCCUAAGCUGUCACUCAUGCUGCCGCGUAAGAAGCUCUUCGGGGACAACUUCAAUGCCGUCUUCCUCGACAAUCGCGUGCAGGGCCUGCAGAUCUUUGUCAACUCGGUUAUGGCCAAAGAGGAGCUACGCAAGUGCAAGCUGGUGCGGGAGUUCUUUUGUCUGGAUGAGCCGCCCUCGUACUCCGAGUCCAUGGAGGAGUGUCGGGCAAUUUUCGAGGCCCAAGAGGAGACAAUUGCUCAUUUGAAAAUGCAGAUACAGAACAAAAACGAUCUCAUACUCAGCUUGCAGCAGAAGCUGCGCGAAGAGAUGAACGAGAAGGAGCAGCUCAGGGAGGCUAUGAAAAAUAUGGAUCCCAACUGUUCGCACUGCUCUUCGGCCAACGAAGCAGAACCUCUGGGCUUGAAGUAGACCCAGAUCCUCCAAAACUCCAUUUGGAUGUGCGUGUGCGUACUACAUUAUGCUGAGCAUAACCCUACGCACUCGCACCGAUCGUGGAUCGUAUCCAUAUUCAAUCCAAACCCAAGUGCAUAUCGAGGAGCAUGCUCCGCUCCGUCAGUGCUUUAGUAUUCAUAUCUCUAGACCUAGAAGCUAGCACGUGCUGCCCAAACUGGUACUGACUGGAAGGCAAUCUUAGAUAUUUUUGAUAUACGUUUACGGCAAACCUACCAGUUUAGGAUAAUGAAUUACAUCUAGAUGUAAGUGCAAAGAUAACCCCAUGUAUACAAUGUGUUAUGCAAGCUCACAUACAAAAUAAACCUAAGGCACAAUUUAUUACUCAA